AUGCCAGCCCUGAACUUCCUGCCUCUCAUGGUGGCGUCGCCUUUGAGACUGCCGGCAGUGCAGUCUGAUUCAGGUGGAUCUCCAGUUCAAGGCCUCCGGGAAAAGCUCUGCAAUAUGGCCGCUGAUGAUGCUAGCGCUGCUGCCACCGUGGCCACCGCCGACAGCCUAAAAUUUCACCUGAUCGCCUCCCAGUGGCAUCGACAAGCUCAGAGGACAACCGACUUCUUAUCUUUUCACACCACCAGCCUACGUACACCUUCCCUCCCUCUCCUUCUUCCGGAAUUCCUCACGGCAAUUGGGCAACAUAUUUCUUAA